AUGGCCGCCCAGUGGCCCCCGAGAUCGCCCCGCGAAGCCCUCCUCAGCACUCCCGGCGGACGAGAAAAACUGCGUCGCUUGGCUGACCGCUCCUCUCCCUCACCAUCACCCUCCAAACUCCGAAACUCGCGAUCGCAACCAUCCUUGGGAAUGGGCGAACAACCAAUGUACGACGGCGCAAUGGACCUGGACGACGAGGAGGAGGAUGAGGAGAUGUUGCAGCUCAAGCUUCAGGCGAUCCAGGCAAAGCUGAAGCUGAAGAAGCUCCAGGCGGCAAGGGCACACAAAAAAGCGUCUUCCCUGUCAGAACCUGGGCCACAAAAUGGAGGAGCAGUUGGAGCAGGCGUUACGAGAGAGAUUCCCUUUCAGUCAAGACUGGCAUUGGCCCGGGAAAGGAUAGAAAGACCACCAACACAAGCCCCUGUUGAAGUUCCAGCCUCUCCAGUCCGGAAGUCGGCGACAAUGUCGAAUCUGGACGCCUCUCCGAAACGAGUUCUGCUAGGCAUUGACAAGGGACGAAAAGCAACCGAGAUGUCACUGAAGCGACCGGCAAGUCAGAGGCAGUUGGGAACCAACAACCACCAGCAGACCCAGAGCGGGAGCGGCAUGUCCAACUUUCCCCGGCGCGCGAAAUCACCAGAAGCCGCCCGCCCUCUCAGUUUCAACGAGCGUCUUGCUUCAGCCAGGACAGAGGAAGCCGCCCGUCAGGAACAAGCGAAGAGAGUCCAAAAAGCGAGGAGCACAGCGUUCAGCAUUGGCAGGCAGGAAAUGGAGGAGUAUAAAGCCAAAGCGGAGGACUUGCCAGAGGUGCCGUAUAAGCCGGAUGAGCUCUCGCGAGAUCAGCUGUUGUCUGCGCUUGGGAGAACAAACAGCACUGCCACUGCGCCUACCGGUGCACCGACGGGAUACCUGAGGAGAAGUCGGACUGCUUCUGACUUGCGCAACACCAUCACCACGAAGAACCCAAAUGCGGACUCGUCAGACUUGUUUCUUGGCCCGUCAUCAGUCAGCUCGUCGUUUUCUGCCCCGGCGAACAACAACAACAACAACGCGAGUGACUCGUCUUUCGAGAUCUUUUCUAGCUUUCACCUCUCUAAACGGAUAUUACCCCACCCUGUUUUGGCGAGGGCGGUUUCGUCAAAGAAGAUAUACCAGCUUAAAGACCUACUCAAGCACGUCAAGGCCCCUGAUUGGAGUCUGCCGGAUGUAGAGUCGGAUAUUGUCGUGUUUGCGAUUUUGGCAUCGAAAUCCGACCCGAGGUCUCACCGGCCCGGACCGAGCGGGACGCAGUCUGAUAGGGGGAAGUACAUGGUGCUCACGCUGGUUGAUUUGCAGUUUGAGGUCGAGCUGUUUCUCUUCAACAGCGGGUUUGACCGGUUCUACAAACUGACGCCCGGGACGGUGGUGGCGAUUCUGAACCCGAGUGUUUUGCCGCCGCCGAAGGGGAGGGAGGAUACGGGGAGGUUUGGGCUGGUGAUUAAUAGUGAUGAGGAUACGAUCUUGGAGGUGGGGAAGGCGAGGGAUUUGGGGUACUGCAAGUCGGUGAAGAAGGAUGGGCAGCUUUGUAAUGGGUGGGUGAAUGGGAGGAGGACGGAGUAUUGUGAGUUUCAUACGAACGAGGCGGUUAGGAAGGCUAGGGGGGGGAGGAUGGAGUUGAACAAUACUGUUGGGAGCGGGAUGGAUGGGGCGAAGAAGGCUAAUUCGAGGGAGUGGUAUGGGAAGAAGGAAAAGGAUGUGAACCAGGGGUAUGAUAGGUUUACGGGGACGAAGUAUUUUGUCAGUAGGGGGACGGCGGAUGGGGAUGAUGGGGAUGAGAUGGGGAUGGCGGAUCGGGUGGAGAGGCAGGAGGCGCUGAAGAGGAGGUUGUUGAAGAGGGAGAAGGAGAGGGAUAUUGCGAGGCAGUUGGGGAGUUGGGGGGGUGGGGCGGGGAAGGAUUACAUGAGUAGGGCCGCUGGAAAGGGGGGGCAAGGAGGGGGGAGUUUUACUAGUUCGACUGUUGGGUCUUCACAAACACAACCGCAGACGGGGAGCUCGGUGAAUGGGAGUGGGAGCUUUGGGUCGACGGUGGGGACGAGUUUUGGGAGUUUGGAUGGGGGGGCUGUGAUGGGGAGUCAGCAGAGGGAGAGGAGGUAUGAUGCUGCCGCGUUGGGGUUGACGGGGAGGAGAGGGCAGGACGCGCCGAAGGUGGAGCUGGGUCCUGUCAAGAGGAAGAGACCGGUGUCUUCGGCCAGUAGCUCGACGGUUAGUACUAUGAGUGCGAGUGUCCAGGGGGUGGCGGAGAAGGCACAGCCAAAGGUGGCGUUGGGAUGGGGAUCGGGGUUGACGACGAAGUUAGGGAGGAUGAGGGAGGGGGAACGCCUAGAUGGGAGAAAAAUGGAAGUGGAAAGGUUGAUUGCUGCUUCCAGGGCAGCGAGAGACGACAAAUCCCCAGUCAGAAAAAAGACGAGAUUUGUAACGGAGAAGGGGAUACGAGAGGCGGGGAGGGAUAGUUUAGGAGAAGGGUGGGGGGUUUCGGUUGGCAGUGGGACGGCUUUGCCAGCGGCGAGUGUGUUGAGCAGGAGCAGGAGGCGGGUGAUGUUGGAUGAUGAUGAUGACGAUGAUUUGAUUAUUGUCAAGUGA